AUGUCUUCCGACACCAGCGCUCACAACAACGACCACAGUCGCGACUCGGUCAGCUCAAACAACGAGACCCCCGGCGUGGGCGCAGAUGGGAACCAGGAUAAGCCGCGCUUGACAGAGCAAGAAAAGAAGAACAAUCACAUCGCCUCCGAACAGAAACGUCGCGCCGCGAUCCGAGAAGGGUUUGACCGUCUCACCGAGUUGGUGCCUGGCUUGGAAGGGCAGGGUCGUAGCGAAAGUGUAGUCUUGAAGAAGACGUUGCAGGAGAGGCGUGAGCUUAUUGCGGAGAUUGAGAGGAGUGGUGGGCAGGUCGAUGAGUCAUUUCGCACGCGUUGA